AUGUCGUCCCAGACUUCAUCCUCGCCCUCGAUUCCCCUCUCGAACUCCCAGGCAUCGUGCCAUGACCCUUUCGACUCCAUGGUGGACUUCUCUGAGUACGACAAGCUGUCCUACUACUCGCCGUCCGCCUCGCCCGCCGCCAACAAGAGCCAGUUCACGUCCCGAGCCGUCUCGAAUACGCCCGCUGCCCUCCCGUCCAGCAGCCAGCCGGAUCUCAGCGGCCCCAGUCACAACUAUGCCAUGUACAAACAGCAGACCGGCAUCCCCCAAGGAGCCGUGGCAAGCACCUUGGCCAUUAACCAGAUGAGCCAGCUCGGCUUCAACGAAGGCUACGUGUCCGGAUACCCAAGUGACGAAUUGAUUGACUUCGGCACGGCGCCGGCUUCAAAAAGCACCGGAUUCGACGACAUGGGCUUUGAUUCGUCGCCCUCGCAGGAGCUGGGCUACGUCUUCCCGGAAGUAUCCCCGGGGUUCAUCAACCCCCAAACUACCCUGCCUGUCUCGGCUGCUGUCAUGCCCGCCCAGACUAGCAACGUCGGCCGUCUCUGGCCCGGCAUGCAUCAGCAACAAGCCGCGCUUGCAAAAGCUCAAGCGCACCAGAAGCAACAACAGCAGCUCAUACAUCAGCAGCAGCGUCUGAACGGCUUGGGUGGACCGCAGAAGCAAAGAUCGAGAGCCUCCACCGCCAAUGAACCUUUUGUCGAGGAGCGGAUCUCCCAACUGCUCGAAUCCAUGAGACGCGGCAGCGUGGGGAGCGACGACGACUCGAAUCACGACCAUCCCUCGUCUCACGCUCAUCGUCAACGCAAGGAGGCAGAAGACAUGGACGAGGACGAGAGGUUGCUCGCUAGUGAGGAAGGAAAGAAGCUCAGCAGCAAGGAGCGCCGACAGCUCCGAAACAAGGUCUCCGCCCGUGCUUUCCGUUCGAGGAGAAAGGAAUACAUUGGCCAACUCGAAGGCGAGAUCGCCGUGAAGGUCAACGAGAAUGCCGAGCUCCUCCACGAUAACAGGGCCUUGAGGGAUGAGGUCACCCGUCUGUCAGACUUCACCCGCAUGCUCCUGUCCUCGCCUUGCUUCUCCGGCUUCCUCGACACCCUGGCGUCCAAUCCCGCCGCCGCCCAGACGGCUCAGGCGGUUCUGCAGCAACCCCAACCGGCCCCGGUCGAGCAGCAACCUCUGCAUCAGCGCAAGGAUGUCAACCCUUUCGCCGGCCAACAGCAAAUGGAUCAACAGCAACACGUUGGCAUGACCAUGAUUCCCGAACAGAGCAUCGACUUCUCCCUGUUUGACAAUAUCGGUGGCUUCUCCUACCAGCCCCAGGUCUUUUCCGUUCUCUCCCUUCCUGAGACAGUCCUCGACGCCGACGUCCUGUCCGGCAAGAGCUCUCCUUUUACUCCCCUCGCAUCCGAUGAUGAAAAAGUCGAGCUCCCAAAGAUCGAGCGCAUGCCUGUGUCGGCGCCACCCAAGAUCGAGCUUCCCGUCAUCGUCGACGAGGAGUUCGAUGCGGAUCCCGCCUUUGCCCUUUUCACCGCCACUACCAUCACCCCUGAGACCGAGUCUGCACCCACAGAAUUCGAUCUCAGCUUCCUCACGCACAUCUCCUCCAAGCCUGUACAAUAUGAGCUCGUUGUCAAGACCGAGACGAACGAUGCUUCGCUGCGCCGCGUCGAGAGGCUCAACAGAGAUAUGGAAGCAUGCGUGGCUCGUCUUACGGCCCUCACCAUGCACCUAUAA